GCCGCCUGAGGGCCGGGUCCGCUCGGGUCCCGGCGGAGCGGUGGCGGGGCGGCCGCCAUGGGGCUGGGAUCCAGCUCCGAGGGUCCCGGCGGAGGCGCCGAGGGCUUCCACGUGCACGGGGUUCAAGAGAAUUCCCCAGCCCAACAAGGAGGACUGGAACCUUUCUUUGAUUUCAUCAUUGCCAUAGGACACACGAGGCUUAACAAGGAAAACAAUAUGCUGAAAGACCUGCUGAAGGCAAAUGCUGAGAAAGCAGUGAAGCUGGAGGUGUAUAACAUCAAAACAAUGAAAAUCCGAGAGGUGGAGGUGAUCCCCAGUAACAUGUGGGGAGGACAAGGCCUCCUUGGAGCCAGUGUGAGGUUCUGCAGCUUCCAGGGAGCCAAUGAACAUGUGUGGCACGUUCUGGACGUUGAGCCUUCGUCUCCUGCGGCUCUGGCUGGUCUCCAGCCAUACACUGACUACAUUGUUGGAUCUGAUCAGAUUCUUCAGGAGUCAGAGGAUUUCUUUUCCCUGAUUGAAUCCCAUGAGGGGAAGCCACUGAAGCUGAUGGUUUAUAACACUGAAGCAGAUUCCAUCCGAGAGGUAGUUGUGACUCCCAAUGGAGCUUGGGGUGGAGAAGGAAGUUUAGGAUGUGGUAUUGGAUAUGGCUAUUUGCACAGAAUUCCAACACAGUCUGUGACAUCAAAGAAAAAGCCAGAAAGCAAACCACCUUCACCCUCACCAGAAGCUGGAACUCCUGUGCCAUCCACUAAUGGUUACACAGAGACUCCAUUGUUGGCACCUACCUCUCAGAAUGACAUCUCUGAAACAGUUAUGAACUUGGAUCAUUCCACAGAGCAAGAAAUGAGUGGUUACUCACCAGAAAGUUCCCUUUCUCCUCCUCCCCCUCUCCAGAGAGUUAUGGAUCCAGGCUUUCUAGAUAUGUCUGGAAUUUCAGUUUCUGAGUUCACAAGCUUUACAGACAGGUCCAGCAUGUCUCCAUCUGCCUCCUUCAAUGUGCCAGCAGCAGGGGCUUCUGUAGGCCCUGAAACACUAAUGCCAAAUAGUGAAGCCUCUGCUUAUUUUGAAAAUGCCUCAACUUUGGAUCCUGAAGGUUUAACCCUGUAUCCUGAAGGAUCAGGCAAGCAGCCCACACUGGAUGACCUCCUGCCUUCAAUUCCAUCUUUACCUUCUCUUGAUCUUCCUCAUGACAUUUCUUCAAAAACAACACUAGGAACUGAUGCUGAUAACCAGGAAUCCAAGCUGCUUGUGAAUAGCACUGAGAGCUCAUUAACCACUGCUCCAGAGACACCGGAGCAUGAAGCAGCAAGUGAGCAGAAAGGAGAAGCAGCUGCACAAGAUCCUGAGUGAGUGGACCCUGCUGCUCUUUACAGACUGCUGAAUGCUGCAGUGCUACAGCUUGGAAUAUUUUUCUUAUCUUGAAAGAAUUACAGUUGCUAUAUUUUGUUAGUGUAGACAAUACUAGAAAAGAAAUCACAUGAAGUACAUAUCCUGUUGUCUUUUCCAAUCACUGUUUAAUGGAUUGAUCUAUGUUCAAAAUUUGAAUGCUGUCCAAAAUCACCCAAUCAAUAGAGAAAUUAAUGCAGAAACAAGUUGGACACUGGCAGAAUGUCAAGUUCUGGAAUUCACGUUUGCCUACAAGUGCUCCUGAAUGUACUUACAAAGGCAUUGUGCCUGAACAGUGACACUUAGUGACGAUUUUAUCCCGAUGUUUGAUGGCAUUAUAAAAAUAUUUAUAGUUUUG